AUGAAGAACGGUUCGGCCGUAGAAAAUAGUGACAAAAUGUUGUUUGCUCUGUUGGUAACUCCACUUUUGUUAUUAGCCCUUUGGCAUUUGCUAAAUGCACUAAAUAAAAAAUACUUUGUUCUUUCAUUAUGCAAACGCGUGCAAACGGAGGACGGUAGUCCACUGGAGACCAAAGUGGUCGUGAUUCCCGGCCAAACGUGGUUUGGCAACAAUUUGGAUCUUCUGAACUUUACACCUGCAAGUGUUUUUAGCUUUAUACGAGAAUCAACUGCCAAAGCCGAAGGAAAGAAUUAUCUGUGGUAUUUUUUAUUCGCACCUGAGUACAAUGUGGUUCGGGCCGAAGAAGCGGAGGAAAUAUUGCAAAGCACUAAGCUAUUAACCAAGAAUACGGUUUAUGACCUGAUAAGGCCUUUUUUAGGUGACGGCCUCCUGAUCAGCACAGACCAUAAAUGGCACUCCAGACGAAAGACUUUGACCCCUGCUUUUCAUUUCCAUAUUUUGCAAUCGUUUUUGUCUAUUUUCAAAGAAGAGUGCAACAAUUUUAUAACAGUUCUAGACAAAAAUAUAGAAGGCGAUCUGGAUCUGAACCAGAUUAUUCCACAGUUUACUUUAAAUAAUAUAUGCGGUAAAGCCUACAUUAUAUCAAAUAGAUGUAAUAUUGAGUUUAGUUUAUUAUAUAUUCCAUUUUUAGAAACCGCUUUGGGUGUGAAGCUGGAUGACAUAUCGGAGGGCAAUGAAUACAGAAAAGCCAUUUACGCCUUUGAAGAAGUGUUUAUACAACGCGCUUGCAAUCCGCUGAUGUAUUACGACUGGUACUUCUUUCUUUACGGAGAUUAUCGCAAACACUCGGAGAAACUUCGGAUAGUUCACGACUUCUCCAGUCGCAUUAUUCAACGCAAAAGGCAGCAGUUCAAGCAAAAGCAACUCGGGAAAGUGGAUGAAUUCGGCAAAAAGCAGCGAUAUGCGAUGUUGGAUACCCUUUUGGCAGCCGAAGCAGAAGGUCAGAUCGAUCAUCAGGGAAUCUGCGACGAGGUCAACACUUUUAUGUUUGAGGGAUACGACACCACCUCCACCUGCCUAAUCUUUACUCUACUGAUGUUGGCCCUACAUGAGGAUGUCCAAAAGAGAUGCUUUGAAGAGGUGGAAAAUCUUCCCGAGGACAGCGAUGAUAUCAGUGUGUUCCAGUACAACGAACUGAUCUAUUUGGAGUGUGUGAUUAAGGAAUCACUCAGGAUGUUUCCCUCGGUGCCCUUCAUUGGACGACAGUGUGUGGAGGAGAGUGUGGUGAAUGGAAUGGUGAUGCCGAAGGACACCCAGAUCAGUAUUCACAUCUACGACAUUAUGAGGGAUCCUCGUCAUUUCCCGAAACCAAAUGAAUUCCAGCCAGAACGGUUCCUUCCGGAGAACACAGUGAACCGUCAUCCAUUUGCAUUUGUGCCUUUUAGUGCUGGCCAAAGAAACUGCAUUGGUCAGAAGUUCGCCAUCCUGGAGAUGAAGGUACUCCUGGCAGCGGUGAUCAGGAACUUCAAGCUGCUGCCUGCUACUCAGUUGGAGGAUCUUACUUUUGAGAACGGAAUUGUACUACGCACUCAACAAAAUAUCAAAGUGAAAUUGGCGAAAAGGGUUAAAUAGUGAUUAUAAAAUAAGAAAAACGGUUUGCCAAAAAUGUUUAAAUCUGUAAAAUCUUGAAAGAAUGAAAAUAAAGUCUAUUAAUAGCUAAAAA